GUGAGCUACGGAGCUCCGUCGCGCGGUUAUGAUGCAGGAUUAUAGAAAGUGUUUAUGAAUCGUUUCGGUUAUUGUUAUUGUUUUUCGAUCGCUCAUCGCAUGGAGAUCCGACUUUUACUGUAAAUGUUUUCACCUAGUGCCUCGCGCACGUUUAGUUCUUUCACGAAAAUGUAAUAUCUCUCCUCGAAUAAGGAAGAGUAAAAGUAGGUGAUACACAACGUCAACUUUGUGUUGCUCGACGUCGGAGCUUUCGGUUGUUUUCCAGCUUUUCAGCUUUAUCACGAUGUGUCGCGGUGUGUUUUAAGUGAAAAUGCGAUUAUACUCUGUUUCAGUUUUAAUUUUGUCUACUUAAAUGUAGUCAACAAUAAUCGCGUGUGCUUUUUGUAAGCCUCGGCGCUGUUCAGUGGUUGGCUUUCGGGGACAUCCCUUUAGCCAUGAUUCCGCGAAAUGUGAUUACUUACCCGUCGCUUUCGGGGCUAGUGAAAUUAAUCAUACCUGUAGCCCGGGUAGCCAGGCCAGUCCUGGAUGUCCCUUGUGCCAAAAUAACAUCGUUCCUUACCUUGGUGUUGUUAAUAUGUUUUGAAACCGUGCUAUUAUCUACUGUCAGUGAUUGUACAAAAUCCUUCACCGUCCACUGGAAUACAACAAAUCCAAUAUUCCGGUUAGAGAAUACAGACCACGUCAUCGACGUCAAUAAAGGGAAUGGUUUGUUCGAGUACGAUCAGGUGAAUAUCAUUUGUCCCGUGUAUAACCCCGGAACGCACGAGGAGGACGCCGAGAAAUACAUUAUUUAUAACGUUUCGAAAGAAGAAUACGAUACAUGUCGGAUCACGAACCAAAACCCUAGGAUCAUAGCAGUCUGUGAUAAGCCGUACAGGGAAAUGUACUUCACCAUAACUUUUAGGUCCUUCACGCCGCAACCGAACGGUCUCGAGUUCCAUCCCGGCCAGGAUUACUACUUCAUCUCUACAUCUUCCCAAGAUGAUCUGCACCGACGAAUUGGUGGUCGGUGCCUCACCAACAACAUGAGAGUCAUCUUCAAAGUCUGCUGCCGCCCUGAUGAAUUCCACAAUCAAAGUACCUUGAGCGAUUCAUCGAGUGCCAACCCUGUCAAAUCGACAGUGGCUCCAACGUGGGUGCCUCAGACUCGAAGCCCGUCGCCACGACCCACAACCAACACGGUCGUCGUGCACCCGAUUUAUCCUCCUGUCAAGCCGACAGCUUUAGAUUUCCCCAAACCAACAACCAAAAAGUCACAUGAAUAUGACAAAUCACCUAAUGAAGUAGUGAAAAAUGAAGAGCUAACCUUUAACACCAGCGCUUCACCAAGAUUAUCAGUAUUUUGUAUAUCUUUUAUCCUAGCUUGCCUGGUUCUCCGAUAGACUUUGUAAAAUUUUGUAUAUAGGCUCAGCCGCUCAUUCAACAUGUUUUGAAGUAAAUUUUUGUAUAAAAAAUUGAAGGAAAAGACUAAAUAGAAAUUAAUUUUUGUUAUUACUGAAAACAAAUGAAUUCGGGAUUUUGAUAUGCAGGCAAAAUUGGAAACUGAAUCUAGACAUGAAAGUAAUCAGGGUAUCCACCGAUUCAAAAUAUCUCUCUAAUUUUAGGAUAGUCUAGAAUCAAAUGUUUUUGAAUUUUUAGAAAAAUGAUAACACUGCUGAUAAUGGCUGCUUAUAGACACGAAGAGAGUUUCAUAGCUGCCCUAUUAUACUUUUUGUAUGAUUAUUAGUUCUGGGAAAAAAUGGCUUUGUUUUUUGUGUAAAAUUGAAUCAUAUAAAGAGUGAAAUUCAUCGUCAAACUUUGAACCAUAAUUUUGGCCCCAUAUUUAAAAAAAAAACCAUAAACAAUGUAUUCCCUCAGCCAAUAUAUCAUCCAAGAAGGAAGUGGUCCUAAUUUAUCAUGUGAUGAGAGGGAUUUAAGUUGGUAGGGAAUGAAAUUCUCAACCUUCCUAGAUUUUGUUCUUCCGUUUUGCCUGUUCGUCGUUACCCUUUUGAGCAAGUUCCUCUGCGGGGACCCCACCAAGAAAUGGCAGAAGUGCCAUAUGAAAUUUAAUCUGUCAUGAUUUAAUUAUGAGUAUUUCGACUUCGGAUUUCAUGCGAUGUAAAUGAGCUUAUUUUUUACUAUCUGCAUCGGAAUACUUUCAUUAGGCAGUCCAAACUGAGAUUGAUUAAAUCAGUUGCAUUAGUACUUCCGUGUCAAAGGAGAGUGCCAUUUGAGCCUUCGGACGUUGCCAACUUCUCUUUGAUAUAACAUAAAUCUCCGAGAAAAUUUGCAAAUGUAUUUUCUUCAAUUUUCUAGAGAAACUUGUUUGUAAUUUGAUGUGAAAUGUCGAAAAUUUCAAAAUUUUCGUUGCUUUCCUCAAAAAUAAAUAUUUCAUUUGCGGAAAUUUGGUAACAUGCAAAUGCUCACACAGCAUUUUUUCUUGGCACGGCAGAGCAGCUGCAUUAUAUCUCUAGAAGGCAAGUGAGCUACAGUCAAUGUUUCCAAUAUAUUGGCCGAAGGCUAAUCUGUAUUUUUUCUUUACGAUAGCUGAUUUUAUUGAAUCAGAGAAAUGAAACAUUACGAUUUUUAUCUUUAAAAUGUUCAAUGAAGACAUUUUUUCCCUUUAUUUCUUCAAUAUCAAUCAGUAUUCUACAUUUUUACUGCCCUUUGUUACUGCUUUUUCACAAUUUAUGUUUUAUUUAACUGAAACUUUAUCAGUCCGAGCUUGAUCAAAGGCUCAGUUAGUUCUUUUGACUGUCCAAAAAGGUAUUAUUUUUAUCUUCGUAGGUACUUUAUUUCUGUGAUUUUGUCAUGUCUAUUUUUCAAUGAUGUUCAACAAUUCUGGAAAAUUUGACUAAAGCGAAUGUGUACAAGAAACGUCCAUCAUGUGCCGUCUUUUGGCGAAAUCAGCUGAUUUUGUGAAUUUUUUGCAUCAUAAGUACUUUGCAUUUUCAUGUAAAAUUGUAACAUGAAUCAGUUGACUAAAAACUUAACUACUUCACACAGAAUUCAGCUAUCAAAUGGCAUGGGCUUCAUGCCUCUGUACAAUUGAUUACUCUUUAAUAACAUGGUAAUUAAUAGUUAAAAUCAAGAGAGAAAUGACAUGGUGAUCUCUUCUGCCAAUUUUGAUCGUUUUAUUCAGCUUUAAGCAAAUACAUAUUGCUGAAUAUCAAUUUUCCAGGUUGUUUCAGGUGAAUAGCUACCCAGGGGUGCUGAAAAUUUUUUCCUCUGCUUUUUUGUCGGGUCUCAAGAAAAAACAUUCAAAUUCUGGGACCCUAAGAAAUUGGAAAAUAGUUCUAUAAUGUUAAGAAAAUUCAUAGUAAUGUUCAAAAUUAAAAGAAUAAUAGUGACUUUCUAAUUUACUCCUUAAGACCAAAACAGAGGCCAAGUUGUCUCUAUGAGAGGGACUGGCAAUUUUGAAAUCUGCGUUAUCACAUUUUCUGCAUCCUUGGGUUUCUGUCUCAUCAUACAGACUGAUUAUAAUUAGAUUGACUUUAAUUGUCAUCUAGUUGUAAAUGUGAAACAUCUGUCCUCUCAUCAGGAAUAUGUGUUAAAAGUUACUUGCCUUCAGUUUUACCAAUGAAAUAAUCCAAAAAGGUGAAAAAACAAGUUGGUCUGGAUGUACAUAAUCGUGUAAAUGGCAAAUUUUUGUACGUAUGUAACUUUUUGUAAAAAGCUCUGUAUCAAAUAGUUUUUGUGUAGAAAGUAGCUGAAGAAAUUACAUUCUAAAUCGGACUGUAUCAUACGAAUAUUUUUGUCUAGUCUAAUUUUUUAAGUAUCAAUUUUAUUUAUUGACUUAUCUGCCCUUUCUUUUACUUCCAUUGCUAAAUGAACUUAUUUUUGCGCUAUUCAGCUGUAUCAACAAAUGAACGGAAAAUGUUAGAAUUGAUAUUUCAAUUUUUUUCUAGUUUCUUUUAAUUUUACUCUCCAUAAUGUUGAAACAGGGAAUGAACUUCCAUGCUGAAUUUACAGCACAACGUUUAUAUUCAUGGUGCAUAGAAUUCAUAGUCGCAGCUUUGAUGACAAGGUAACUUUGAUGGUUCACUGAUCCAUUUUUAAAAUUCAAUUUUUUUCUCAAGUGCUGUUUUGAAGUAAAAGAUUAAAUAGUCCAAGUUCAAAUCAUUCAAUUUAUAAUUUAUGUGUCUCCUAAUUGAUACAGCUUAAUAGCAAUCUUUUUUUACUUGAAAUGCAUUUAGUUUAUUUACUUAUUUUAAAUUUUUUUGCUGUUAUACCAAAUCAUUUAGAUGUAUUUAAUCUCAAAGUGUUUGCCAAUCGCCACAGAGCCCCUAAUCCAUGGGGUAUUUGAAGAGUUCAACUCAUUUCUUUCGAAACCCAAGAUUUAUACAAGUUUUAACACUUCUUCUCUUUCAAUUAUUUUUACUCGUUCCUGUUUUGAUGAUUUUAACAAUUUACUUUGAAUCUGUGUGUUUUAAAACACCGAAAAUUUUGUUAAAUGCAAGAAAAGAUAUUUAAUGUUCUUCAGUCUUUGUAUCUUCUAUUUGAAUUACGUCUUAUUUUCUUGGAGAGCGACAUUUUGAAAUAUCCUAGGCGAUACCCCACUUUCUUCACAAUUAAAGAACAAACUUGAAAAGUAUUUGUUAAUUAAGGUGCAAUGAUCAAUUUUAACUUCUUCUCUUGCUCAAAGCGUAAAUGCAAUCUUUCGCCAAAAGUGUGAUAGGAAGCACAUCAAAGAUUCAAAAGAUGAACUUCAGACUUUCUGUCCCCUCAUAUUUCUUCUUUUUUGUUUGUGUCUAGCUAGCUCUUAUUUUUCCCUAUAAUUUGUAUUUUUCCCUGUCAUAUUUUCAUGAUUUUCUGCUCAAAAAUGAAGCAUAAAGACAUAAUUUCUCGUAUUUUUUCCCAUAAUGUUAUUUCAUGAGAAAUCUGUUCGAACAAUGGACUAUAAAUUUUUGUUUUCUGCUCUUGAUAGACCUCUUUCAGCUUACUAUGGAACUCUAGUAGCACAUUUAUCAGUAUUUAUCAUUCAGAGAUUCUGUUGGAUGAGCUAGCAUUUAAACUCUUAUAAGGUUGCAAGCAGAACUGUUUGAACGGUUUUGUAUCAAUGCUACAAAAGGCGUUGAACGGUUGAUGGUAGAUCAAUCAAGAGUUUAAUAUUUGUUUAAGAGUUUAACAAAGUUCGUAAAACAUUGUUCCUUGUUAUAGGUCAGUCUGUUUACUUACUAUGUAUUUCUGAAUUCUCUUUUUCAUAAUCCUUUCUUAAUUAUCUGACUCUGAUUUAUUUAUUUUAAGAGAAGAGUACGUUUCGAACUUGAAAAGUUCAAAUUUUCAUUUGUCUUGAAUAAACAAAAGUCACUCACGUUUUUAGUCCUUGUUUUACAAAGUAGUUUUAUGACUGUCAUUAAUUAAUGAUCCAAUUUCUCUUUUGAAAUCCUCAGUCUUCGCACUCUUAGUUUUUUUCAAUUUGGCAAGUUUUUAGGAGAAUAUUUCUUAGCCAGACUUGAACCGCAAUCAGUCCCCCACCUUGUACCCCCCUGAGUGCUGUUAAUGGAAUUGAUCCAAACGGAAAGGAACCAAACCUCAUGUUCAAAGAAAUCUAACUAUGAACUAUUUUGAACAACACUGCUCCAAAAUCGUUUUGUGUCAAAACAUAAAUUGUAAAACGCAAAAUUUGGCUCUGUGAUUUUGAGUAAAGAAGUGAGUUUAUGAUGGAGUUUCCUGGGAUUUUCCGCUGAAUCCUGAGUGACCUAGCUGUUCUCAGCCUGACUCAAUCUGUUCUAAACCUUAGGAAGUUGCCUUUGAAAGUUAGUAAUUUAUCAAUUAUGAGCAAACGUUCAAUACUCCAAAUCCCAAUCUUUACAAGAAGAGUAGCUGUAAUAAUUCUCAGUUCUAUAAUUUGAAAAGUAAUUUUAGUUUACUUUUUUUUUUUGUAAUCAAUAUUUACUUGUUUAAUUUUUUUCGUCUACAAUUUUUUUCUCUUGCUUUCACAGUAUUAAUCACUUAUUUUAAUCAGCAGUCUAAACCGCAUCAAGUGCCAUAACAGACUGCAAUGUUUUAAUUUUAUAGUUAACCAUUUUUUUCAUCCUCUCUUCCUCAUGGGAUUCUCGUUUUUCUAUAAGUGCUGUUUGAUUGUGAGGCUCUUAGCUCUCAAGUAAUACUCACAACUCUGUAGAACUGAUAAAUUGGCCGCCAGCUUUGUUUCUCCAACAUAUAUUUUAAGCUCUCAUAAGUCAUAAGUUCUGUUCCACUUUUAAUAUCCAGCUGUAAGUAAUUUUUGUCGGUAAAAUUGACUAUCAAAGAAAAAUGGUCUUAUGCCCAAUUUUUAGUGAAAUUGAGGGUCAUUAAAGAGCAAAAAAAUGGUCUUAGGCCCAGUAUUCCAGGAAAUCUUCGUUUUCUAUGACAGUUUUAUUUACAACUCCUACAAACAGUAUUGAGCGACUCAUAACUUUCUGAACUAUUUUAAUCGCUCCGGACUGUGAUCUUAUGAAGGAAAAAAUAUAUUAUUUUCAGGAAAGUGCAACUUUUAGGGGGUAUUUCAAUGACGAAAAUUCUCAAAGCUUCUCAGUCCAAAAGAUUCUCGAGCUGUGUUUACUUUUACUGUUUUGUCUCUUUCUUUACUUUUUAUUAAUUUAGUGUUCCAGUAAGCAGUUUUUAUUUUUAAGGUGGAAAGUACCACGCAGAAAAUACUAAGAAUUUUGAGGCUGGCUGUAUUUCAAGAUUAUUUUAUAUGAUGUUCCUCAUGAUCUUCUGAGUAAGGAGAUUUUAAAAUCGAACUUUCCCUGUACCAAACUCAUUGGAUUCAGAUUUGGAAAUUGCAAUUUUGGUAGUUCUACUUGCAUUAUCAAUUGGGGAAAAGUAGUUGAUUGAGAAGCCAGCUCCCCUCUCCUUGUCUCGCGCUGACAAGGGAGAUAGACGGUGCAAAAACUCAGUUCAAAACAUAAGGCUCUAAAUCAUUAACCUAGGAAUGGUGCCGCCAGCUCCUUAUGAUAGCACGUAUUUAAUUUCCAAAAAAUGCAACAUGCUCUUUCUAGACUUAAUUUUCUUGAGAUUGGUACAUAUAAAGUUUGAUUUUAAAAACUCAUCUUAUUAAGGAGAUUGUGAGGAAUAUCAUUUAAGAAUAUCACAAAAUAUAGCCGGCGUUAAAUUGCGUCAAAUUCUAUCCGCAGUCCUUUUGAAUGCCAAUUUUUCCCUCCAAAAUCAGAAUAGAUUUAUGAAAUUAUGAAAAAAAAAAAAAAUGAACAAGUAUAUGGUAAAAACGGAAUAACAUGAAUGUAUAAAAAACCAACGAGUAAAUGAAAAAUUAGAAAACUUUGAAAUGCUCACAGCUUACUUAAAUCUUAAGCCCUCUGAAAACUGUGAUAAAAUUUCAAAGAGGUACGUUCCCUAACAAUAAAAAAAGCUCUUUAAGAUGAAAAAACUCUUCUUGCAAAAACUACUGCAGAAUUUCCGUCGAAAUGGUUUAGUAUUAAUACCUCCCUCCUAGUUUUUGCACGUUUUAGUAGGUAUUGCAACAAGUAGUUUAAGAUUGAAAAUAUUGUAAAAUGUCUCUGUACAUAUUUUGUUAUACAUACUUUGUAUAUACUACACGUAAUUUAUCUAUUGUUAAAAUUUCAAUUUAUAGGCUGAUUUGACCACGAUUUUUAUGGAAAGUGCAAAGUGUCACUUUUUUUUAUUUAUUUAUAAUGUACAUAAACUGGAGUUUUGAAUAAAACUAUCCUGUAUACA